AUGUUGGUAAAUAUCAAAUUGUAUCAGUCUAUCAAUGACCUGACCUACCCUACUCUCCGUCGGUCCGAGAACAACCCCUUCGAGUCGUCCACGGGCGACGACCAGGAAGCCCGAAAGAGUAAGGCUGCUGCCAAAUUUCAAGUCUUUGAGGCAGGGGCCCCCCUUGUUUCUGACAGCCGCGGAAACCUCGAAGCAAUUUUUCGAGUAGACGAGCUGUGCAAACAGGGAUGGAACGAUUCAGCCUUGAACCAGAUCGAAACACUGCUCGGGGAUGAGGUCCGAGAUUUUGGUUCAAAGAUUCAAGUCAACCCCGAGGCAGGCAUGACUGCCCACGAAAAUGUUGAUGAACCCGAGGCCAAAGCCAAAGAGUACAUAGAUGCCCUGUCUCAAACUGGACUUCCCGAUCCGAGGUUCCAUCUUACAGUUUUUCCGGCGUCUCUUGAUGAGGGACUCGCUGGCCUCAAGCAAAAAACCGAGCUCAAUGCACGCAUUGAGAAAAGGACUCAGGCGGUGUGCUCUCCCUUGUUGCUUAAGCCUCAGCCCGACUACAGCGCGGCGGUAGAGUUCGCAGAUCCGACAAAGCUAUACGAGUUGCUGGCGACUCGGAAACACUGCUCAGAAUGGCGGCACAGCGCCUUUCUGUUGCUUUCUGACCCUGACGAUUCCGAUAUUCUCUUUUCAAUGUACCUGUCUAGCUCCUGGAAUCUGCGAGAACUUCAGAUACCGAAAUUGAUUUCAGGACUCCACCACAGAUCCAUACCACUUGACGAGAAAAACCUCACGCCUGUUAGCCUUGGGGCUCUCAUGACAGGAGAAGAACUUAAGACAGUCACCUUAGAUGAUGAGGUUAGAAAGGCUUGGCUAGCACAUCGACUAUCACUAUCCCUUCGCUUAUUAUAUAUGGGACCGUGGAUUCAGCAAGACUGGGACUUUGAUACUUUACACAUCAUGCCGAAGAACAAUAGCGAGUUAUUGCCCCCCAUUGACGAAUUAUACAUCGGUUGCACUCUCGCCCCAGGUUAUGAAAUGGCCAACUCAACUCCGACAGCGCGCUGCUCUCCGUAUAGUUCGCAGAUGUGUCCAAAGUUCUUUUUAUCAUUUGCUCAGCUUUUGGUGGAUAUUCUGAAAGGUGAAAGGGGCUAUCGAUCUUAUAGUGAGUCCCAACUGAAUGACUGGUUUUAUAUGCUUCAGUACGAGGUCGGACACAAUUUGAAAGAGAUGUCAAAUGAAUAUUACUGGAGGGCUAUUGAAGGCUGUAUACUUUUCACCAUGCACGAUGAUAGCCAUGAAUGCGCAGAUGCGCUGGUGCGAGCAAAAGACGUCAUCUCUAAGCAUAUUAUUACUUAUUUGAGAAUGCAUGUCGAAUCUUGCCAGGCGAAACACUCCCGGUGUCUUCAACCCGAUGGUACGAGUGAGGAAACGGGCAUUCGCCUUUGGUCGGAAAUUGAAAGCAAAUACCAGCAAAUAGACUCACCCAAAGCUCGAGGCGAGGAUAGCUUCGUCACACACAUGAAUAGGUUUACCGCCACAUUCAUCAAGAACCUCCCAGCGUUAGAAAAGAAAGUGAGAGUCGCGAUAAUUGACUCAGGCUUCUACGUGCACGAGUGCGAUCCGUGGCUGAACAACCCCGCUGUUGAGGCAAGAAUCGGCGAAAAACGAAACUUCUUUAGCCCUGACGACAACGACCCGGAUAAAAGCAAGUGGCAGGAUAUGACUGGCCACGGGACCCAAGUGGCUCGGCUGGUGCUUCAGUUUGCGCCGCUCGCAGAGGUAGUUAUUGCCAAGAUUACGAACUCGCCGACUCUGAAGUAUACCAAAACAGAGCGUCUAGUAGAGGCACUCAAAUGGGCUGGCGAACGCGCUGACAUCAUCAACCUCUCCUUCAGCCUGGGGACGCUGCCCAUCAUAGAUGUGCAAAAGGAAAUCAACAACUUGGUGGACAAUAAAAAGCUCGUGUUCGCGGCCGCCUCAACCAACGCGGCCAAAUGGGCCUCGCGAGCUUGGCCUGCCAGAGAACGCGGUGUCUUCGCCAUACACGCGUCGGAUGAAACUGGUGAAACCUGUGCGGGCAUAAACCCAGACCCUCUAUCAGAAGACGACAACUUUCUCGCAUUUGGCCUCGAGGUCGAUUCGUUUUGGGAUGGCCGUUACCAGCGCAUAUCCGGGACAUCGUUUGCUACGCCGGUGGCGGCCGCCAUCGCCGCAGACAUGAUAGAAUUGGCGAGACGGAUUCCAGAGUCCAAUUUCGGCGAGGACAUCACAAGGUACAGGGUCAUGCGUAAUUUAUUCCUCAAGUACAUGUCGGAAAACAAGGUGCCCGGCAACUUCCACCGCCUCGUACCCUGGACAGAGAAGCUCUGGGAUUGGAACGGGCCGGUAGAGACGCAAGAGAAAUUCAAGUAUGCACUGCGGGACGUCAUAACGUUUUGUUGA